UUGUAGGCUAUAUUUGCUGCUUGGCAAAAUAUUGUUGCAUAAUAAUGGAGCAGUUCGAAUCAAUAGUUCUUCAACCAACAGAUCUACCUGUUGCAACUGGUUCUGAUGAGCCAAUGGCAUGGAUUACUCGACUUCAAGAUAAAGAGUUUUAUUUCAAAUGUUUAUGGUCAAACUGUUUUAUGGUAUACGAUACUUUAAAUGAUCUAUUACAACAUAUGCGUUCCCAUAUAGAACAAUUAUCUGUUCUAGAUCAAAAUGAAGAUGAUAUUAUUGUAUGCCCGAUAAGCGGAUGCAGUAAAGUACUUGCUACGAAGCAUCAUUUGUAUCGUCAUCUUUACAUGCAUAAUUAUCAUAUUCGACGACAGUGGACUGGUUUAAAUGUUAUUUUCAGUCGGGAUGAUGUAGCAAACAUCCCACACUGUGGUUUUCGUACAUCUAUGGAACUUAUAUAUGAUGGUUCAGCAAUGGCAUGUGGAUGGGCCAAUUGUAGUACUCUCUGGGAUGAUAUUGAUUUGUACUGUAAUCAUGUUGACGAUCAUAUCGACUCACUUGGUGUCACAGAUCGUGACCAACGAUACCAACUAAAUUGCAGUUGGCAAGGUUGUAAAAUGCAUUUCAAGAACAAAGCCAAUCUUCGAGUACAUUGUCGGCAUCAUUCAGGUGAUAAGACCGCAGCUUGUCCAUACUGUGGUGUUUUCUUUGCUAAUAACUCAAAAUUGAUUGAUCACAUGCUUCGUAAAAAUCAAAUUGGACCGGAAACGCUAGAAAACGGGGAAUUUCGAACUAUUCAUUCAUGUCAUUUAUGUCAAAAGCAAUUUGGUACGCAACGUUUAUUACGCGAACAUUGCCGCCGACAUGUUAUGAAUCAUAAGUGUAAAUAUUGUACAGUGACCGUUGACAGUCCGUCUGCAUUGAAAAGGCAUGUUGCUGCUGUCCAUGCCAAAUGUCGGCUUUAUACAUGUUGCUAUUGUGGCCACAGUUUUUCGCAAAAAGCUGAUGUCGACCGACAUAUGGUUGUUCACUCUAAUGAACUUACGCAUAAAUGCGGACAUUGCGGUGAGCAGUUUCGUUGGAAAAAACAGUUAACAGCACAUAUCCGAAAGCAUGAUAAGGAUUAUAUACCGUACACUCAUUUGUGCCACUUGUGUGAUGCAAAAUAUGCAAAUGGUUUUGGUUUAAGUCGACAUUUAAUGCGAAAACACAAAUGUUCGAUACCACGUGGAUUUACACGAUUUCAAUAUAAGAAAUGCAAAGAUGGUUAUGCUCGAUUGCAAACAAAACGUUGUUUGAGUAAAAGCUUAGCUAUAGAUUUAGGUUGCUAUGUUGGUGAAGCGAAGGAAAAAUCAUGA